AUGUUUCCCCAAGAGGGCGAACUGCUGAUCACCACCGAGUUUGGACGAAUUCUUGUUGGCAUCCAGGAAAUUGUUAUAAUUCCACAAGGAAUUCGCUUCUCAGUGCAUCUCACUCGUCCAUCGCGUGGUUAUGUUCUUGAGGUUUACGGCACACACUUUCAAUUGCCUGAUCUCGGGCCGAUAGCGAUUGUGGACCAGUUGUCAGUUGUUUAA